AUGGGCGGCCUCUGGGGAGAGCCCGAGGGGCAGAGGAGGAGGGAAGCAGUGCGGCUGCCCCAACGCGGGGAGGAAUUUCUCCGGCGGCUGCGCGGGUCCUAUUCCGAGCCGGGCCGCGGCUUGGCGCCCUCGCCGCAUGCUGGUCAUCGUUUCAGUGGCCCUGACCCCAUAAGGACCUACUGCUGCGUGUCCUACGCGGACAGGCCCGCGCGGGCCCGAGCCUCCGGCUCCCGCAGCCGGGCGCCCCCAGCCGGGCGCGCGCGCAGACUCCCGGGGUCAGCAGCCCCCGAGGCGGCCAGAGCGGAGUCGUUCCACCCAACCGCCGGGUCCCCGCCGCCCGGGCAGAGCGUCGCGGAGCCGCGAGCCUGUGAGGAGCGCGCCGCCCGCCGAGUCCCCGCGCCGGGUCCCGAGUCCCCGCCCCGACCCGCCGCUAUGGCCAGCGAGGAGCUGGCACGCAAGCUGCAGCGCAGGCUGCAACGGGGGCAAGCGCAGGAGGGCGGCCCGGAGCCCGCAUCCCGCGCCGCGCCAGCGGGGGAGCCCGCGCCCGCACCGGAGCCGCCCGCCCGCGCGCCCACUGCCAGCGCGGACGCCGAGCUGAGUGCCCAGCUGAGCCGCCGGCUGGACAUCAACGAGGGCGCGGCGCGGCCCCGCCGCUGCAAGGUCUUCAACCCCUACACCGAGUUCCCGGAGUUCAGCCGCCGCCUCAUCAAGGACCUGGAGAGCAUGUUCAAACUGUAUGAUUCUGGCCGGGACGGCUUCAUCGACCUGAUGGAGCUGAAGCUGAUGAUGGAGAAGCUGGGGGCCCCCCAGACCCACCUGGGCCUGAAGAGCAUGAUCAAGGAGGUGGACGAGGACUUUGACGGCAAGCUCAGCUUCCGCGAGUUCCUGCUCAUAUUCCACAAGGCCGCCGCCGGGGAGCUGCAGCAGGAGAGCGGGCUGAUGGCCCUGGCACAGCUGUCCGAGAUCGACGUUGCCCUGGAGGGUGUCAAAGGUGCCAAGGACUUCUUUGAAGCCAAGGUCCACGCCUUGUCCUCUGCCAGCAAGUUUGAAGCAGAGCUGAGAGCUGAGCAAGAAGAGCGGAAGCGGGAGGAGGAGAAGAGGAGACUCCGCCAGGCAGCCUUCCGGGAGCUCAAGGCCACGUUCAGCACAUAGUCAGGCGACCGUGACCUCUGUCCACAGCUGUGCCUCACAGGUGCCCUGGGGAGAGCUGGCCGGGCAUCCUCCCCGCAGCUGACUCCUCGCCCCAACCACCACCAGCCUCCACACCCAUUGUCAAGCGAACGCCUUAGCCACGAAGGGGCAGCAGGGGGUGCUCUCCUCCCCACCUUCCUCUGCCCUCCCCUCGUUGGCCACCUCGGCCUUUCCUUGCCCCUUUACCCUUCCACAUCAAAGAGUGGAAAGUAAU